AACAGUGAAGCUUUUGUAUGCCUAUAUAAGAGCGAGGAAACUAAAGCAUGCAUAUCCAAGUAUUUGAGCCGCCGAAACACUUCCAUUUUCACAGAUUCACAGAUUAGAGCUAUAUCCAUUGCAUCUAAAGAUGAUGUAUGGUGAGAUGCAACACCCUUGCCACCCUCAACACAAGCUCAAGCCUGAGAACAAGGAGACACCAUACACAUGCUAUGGAUGCCGUGAGAUUGGAUUCUUCACAAGGUACACAUGCAGUGAGCCAUCAUGCAACUUCUACCUCCACAAAGAUUGUGUAUCUCCUCCAGACACCACCACCCACCACUUCUUCCCUGAUUGCAACUUUGUCUUCCUCACGUCAGGGAAGCCGGAUCGAUACUGUGAUGCUUGUGGAAGAGACAUCAAAGGUUAUGUCUAUCACUGCUUUACAUGUGGUAAUGAUCUCCAUCCUUGCUGUGCUAGCCUCCCCCGUUUCAAUGAGGAUGAUGAGAUAACACUGGAGUUAAAGAAGAAGGUCUCAUCCAAGUGCAACUUUUGUGACAAGAAGGAGGUGAGGAAAGGAGCAAGGACCUGGUCUUAUGUGUCUAAAUGCAAGGAGUACAAUUUUCAUAUCUCUUGUGUCAAGGAAAUGAUGCUCAAGAAUUGGGAGAAAGAGUUUCUUAACAAUAGCAAUGCCAGAGAAAACGGUUUGCAGCUUGAGAGAAAAGUGCCCAGCCUCCAAAUCAAGCGAAGAAAGAAUUCAAAAGAUAAGAAGGGUGCAGGAGGAUUUACUAAGUUUAUGAAGAUGAUGAAACUAGCAAUCAGCUUCAUCGUGGCUGCAGUCGUAGGAGAUCCCACAACCAUGUUCGCAAGCAUCAUCACAUCUCUUAUUACUCAAUGAUAUUUGUCUAUCUCUCUAUCUAUCUAUAUGUACAAACUUCUCUUGACUGUAGAUACACAAGGUUUUGUAUUAUUUAUUGUUAUGUUGCUGGAAAAUACUCGACAAUUUGCUUGCAGAUGAAGUCAUGUAAAAAUGAUCGGUAUCAUUGUAAAUAGAUUGUAAAAUCAUAAGGAUUGUAUAUGUUGUGGAAAAGAAAGAUUUUUAUGUAUAUAUAUGACUUAAACCUGAACAUGUGGUAUCCACCUAUGUAUCCAUUUAUAUAUA